AUGCAAGGCUGCGGAGUUACCUACGAGUUGGAUGAGUUGUUCAAGCCUGAGACACCCAACUGCUUCUACCAAGUCUCGGUGAACGGUGAAGUGAAGGACCUAGGCGAAUUGAGCGAAUCGAUGUUUACGACGCGUUCCAACCACUUCAUCAUUCUAAAGUUCGACAGUGAUAAUAUAGGACCUGGGGAGGAGCUGCGCCAGACGCCGCCAUUGGAGUGCCGCUGCACCACCGUUAAGCGCAUAGUCCUAUCAACCAUCCAGAUCGAGAACUACUACUCCAAGUAA